AUGAUGCAUACUGGUCUGCAAUCCCAUCAAGCUUCUUGAGGACGGCUGAAUCCUCCCUUAGACAAGAGUUUUGGUGGGCAAUGCUUUAAGAGAGGAGACUGCAGCUUUGAGUACCUCUCAUACCCAUCAUUUGCCAAAAUUGCCAGCUUUGCCUUUGAGCACACUUAUUAUGAUAGGGACAAAUUCCCUACAGAUACAAGUGUUCUUUCAGUCUCUUUAGGCUACUCUGACUGUACUGAUAUUUCUACAACUGUUUCCAAAAUAACUUGAACAUUUAUGGAAGCUACUAGCCAAUAG